AUGGAAACCCUGCAGGGGCAUACUCAAGAGCAACGGCCAGCCGGAACCGGCAGCAACGCAAAUGUCAGCGAGUCGGAAAGGGAACGACUGCAUUCCAAGGUCGAGGAGAAGGAGAAAUCCGAGAAGGCACGAGAACACCACGAAGCGUUGGCCAAUGCAGCUGACCACGUCUGGACGGCCAAGCAAAGAGUCGAUGAACUCGAGAACUUGCGUGGGGCGUCUCCAAGCCACACGGCUGUGCCAAAACCGGGAUGGGGGAGCCAACAGAUCUCGAAAGCGGAAGCAGGCUGCCUCGAAGUAGGAAGCUGGAGAUACCAGUAA